CACGAGAAUUGCGCUCUCCGGCUCCCUGCCUUCUAUUCAGGGGACGUACUCAGGAACACUUCUCACACACACCCUCGCACACACCCUCCCCGCACCAGCCUGCACGCAAGCACCGUACUCUCCGGGACCGAGCACACGCACAAAGUGCAGAAACAGCAGUCCGCCGCAGCAGCAGCAGCUGCAACAUCAGCACCAGCUCCCACUACUUAGCAUUCGUCAUCCGCUUCGUUGCACCUCUACAUCUUCUCGGGAUCCCGUCCCCAUCCCUCCCCUUCCCAUUCCUCCCCCCGGGCGUGUGCUCCAUAACAGUCGCCUCAUGCCCUUUCGGCGCUCCCUUUGCUUCCCAUUUCUCCGGAUCUCUUAGCUUGAUGCGCCUUCCUGCUGCUCUAGAAGCGUUCGUUCGCGUAGCAUCGGUCAGAUUGCUACUGUCGGGAACUCACCUCGGCUUGCAUCGAGCUCUAGCAGCUCAUUCCGUGGUUGUGGUGGUGGUGGUGUUUUCGUUCUUCUUCCUCUUCUUCUUCGUACAGUCCAUGUCCGCGCGCAGCAUCCGUCGCACCUAGAGCGAGGGUCGAGCACCGUUCUGCACAUACCGGGCAUUCGCAUCUACAGUCUGAUUUCUCGCAGCGAUUCCGAAGUUUGAGAUUGUUGCGCCGGGAAUUUCCUGUCUGCCUCUCUUGUUGUGAUUAUCUACCUCGCCUCACGGGUUAUUAGCCGCGCACGACCGAUGGCCGCAAUGACUAUGACUCGUCCGAACGACCCUUUUACGUCAGACAUCGCUAGAUUCCACGAGGUGAAAGGGGCGAAGGAUGAACCAUUCGCAGAACUUACUCGAUACCACGAAGUCAGGGGAGUACGGGAGAUGGUGGAGAGCUUUCGAGUCAGGGAAGUUCCCUCGUAUUACGUGAAGCCUGUGAACGAGCGGCGAUUCACACCGCCGUCCGCAGCAGUUCUGAGUAUGGAGCAGCAAAUUCCGUGCAUUGAUCUCGAAGCCCUGUCCGGUCAGGAGUUACUCUCGGCAAUUGCCAACGCCUGUAGGGACUGGGGAUUUUUCCAGGUUCUGAACCAUGGUCUCCCUAGUCAACUCGUCCAGAACAUGGCCAAGCAAUCGAGCGAGUUUUUUGCGCAGCCUUUAGAAGAAAAGAUGAAAUGUAGCACGCCUGCGAGGGUAUCAGGUCCGGUGCAUUUUGGCGGGGGAGGCAACAGGGAUUGGCGAGAUGUCUUGAAGCUCAAUUGUGCCCCGGCAUCGAUCGUUGCUAAAGAGUAUUGGCCCCAAAGACCAGCUGGUUUCAGGGAUACGAUGGAAGAGUAUUCCAGCCAGCAACAGGCACUGGCCAUCAGGCUCUUGAAGUUGAUAAGCGAAUCUCUUGGCCUGGAAUCGAACUAUUUGGUCGCAGCCUGCGGGGAACCCAAGGUCGUGAUGGCAAUCAACCACUAUCCUCCUUGCCCGGACCCGAGCUUAACCAUGGGAAUUAAGGCGCACUCUGACCCCAACACAAUAACCAUGCUUCUGCAAGACGAUGUUGGCGGCUUACAAGUUUUCAAGGAGGACAGAUGGAUCGAUGUGAGACCUUUACCGAACGCUCUUGUCAUCAACGUGGGGGACCAGCUACAGAUUCUGAGCAACGGAAAGUACAGCAGCUGUUUACACCGAGUAGUUAACAACAAUCGGCAAGCACGGACAUCCAUCGCCACGUUCUUCUCGCCAGCGCAUGCGUGCAUCAUCGGCCCAGCUCCGGGUUUGGUGGAUGAGGUGAACCCCGCCAUCUAUCCGAACAUCGUGUACGCAGAUUACAUCAAGGCUUUCUAUACGCAAGCACUGGGACCCAACAACAAAAAUGGUGGCUACCUGGCUGGCAUCGAGCUUCACAGAAGAUACAACUGCUACACCUCCUCCUCCUCCAUCUCCAGCUAGCAAGCAUCUACUCAUCGCCCUCCCUUCCUGCCUCCCUUCCCGUCUAUCUGUCUACCCUCCACCCCAUCGGCAUACUACAUUGACAUAUUCAGUACGACAACAACCGAGUUCGCUGACACUGCACUCACUGCCUGCCGCUAUCCCUCGAAAAUCGUCUCGAAAAUCCGCCUUGCAUUGUUUUUCACGUUCGAGCCUCGGCUCAAUGUAGGUAGAUUUCUACUCAUACUGGAUAUACAUAUUAUCGCCAUCGCUCGAAUCCGCAGCUGAUGAUGGUGUACUGAGGAGUUUCAAUUCGGAGCCCGCCCGCCAGCUACGGGACCCAGCUCGCCCACCCGACCCACUGCCCACGCAGCCAGCCACGCACGCACGCACGCACGAACCAACGAACGAACCAACCGACGAACGGAGGCAGCAGCCGAACGAAGCCAACCAGGGCAAGCCCCCGAGGCACCAGCCCAGCCCCUGCCAUCUCACGACGCCACGGACGGAAAGCCAAGUGUACUCAACUCGAACACGACGAAGAAGACGAAGACGAGGACGAGGACGAGGAGAGGUGCCGCGAGAUCAAGUCUUCCUCGGAGAGUGCGAGAGCGGAUGAGAAUCAUGAGCCCCUCCGCUCCGAGGAGUGGCUGCCGGAUUUUGAUCGCUGGGUCUCGAGUCGCGAGUCGAACGACAUUUGCACACAGGAGGAGGAGGAGCAGCAGCAGCUCUGGUGAAUCCUAGUUAGACACACCCUUUCCAACUCAACUCGGCGACUAGAAUUUGCAACCGUGUGUGUGAAUUUUGUAGUUUAGGUCUGUUACCACCAUUCUUUAGGGGCUAUAAAAGAAAAGGCCCCCUUGUCAUUUACGAGCAAUCUGACAAUGUAAAGUUGUCCUCAUCUUCCGGAUAUCGACCGUCUGCGGACUUGGUCUCUUUCUAAUUCUCGAUUAUCGCUAAUUCUC